AUGCUGAACAAAGCGGAAGCUGCUCGUAAAGAAUACGACGAGGUGGAUAUUAAAGUCAGUACCUUGGAGAGUCAAAUACGUGAAGCGGAGUCCUUCACUGAACAGGACUUUGGCAGUGAUCAUGCGUGGGCAGCGCUCAAAGGACAGUGUUACGAAUUGAGUGAUAAGCAGUACACCUACAAGUACUGUCCAUUCGAUAAAACAGUGCAGAAGGACAAGAAUGGUUAUGGAGAAACUUCGCUCGGGAACUGGAAAGAUUGGACCGGGGAGCCUCCACAUAAAUACUCCAAGCAAAGCUACAGCGGCGGACAACAAUGUUGGAAUGGUCCUCAACGGUCCACUGAGGUGGAAAUUCAAUGUGGCGAAACGUCAGAAUUAAUAGAGGCAACGGAACCGGCGAAGUGUGAAUAUCGCUUCGUAUUCCGUACACCGGCCGCAUGUAAUGAUCCAGAUCAUGAGGAGCCACAGCACAUGGAACUAUAA